CAAGUCUAUUUUCGUGGAACAUUUAAAAAUUCAAAUUGUACUGGAAAAACUUGCACUCAUCGCAAGAAAAAAGUAUUUUAAUUCACUAUUUUAAUAUAACUUUAAACUAAUCAAAUUUAAAAGUAAGGUAAGUAAUGAAUACUACUUGUGAAGAUUUAAAAAAACAACGUGAUGUGUUACUUUCUAAACUUAGCGAUCUCAGUGAAAGAAUACAGAUGUUGUCAUUUAGUUUACAACAGAAUUUUAUUGAUUUAUAUUUGAAUUUCAAUCCGAUUAAGAAACUGGAACAGUUAAACUAUACAAAUCGUAAAGCUAUGAUUUAUAUAGAGUAUGAAAAAUUACAACAAGAGAUAGCUUUUCUUGAUGAAAAUCUUGACAGUAAAGCUAAAACAGAAGAAUAUCUAAACUCUUGUGAAAACUUAAGUCAUUCUAUUGCAUAUUUAAGGAAUCUUUGUAUCCUCGUAGAAGCUAAGCCAUUACUUGAUAAGGCAAAUCAUGAUAUGGAAAGAUACAAUUACUGUGAAGCUAUAUUAAGUAUAAAGAGCUUACUGAGUAAGCUUCUGGUUCUUAAGUUUGAGGGAAACAUGGAUAAAGCACUAAGAAAUUUAAUUGAACAGAGUCAAAAUCAAAUAUCCAUAUACACAGCUCACUUGAGUGUUGAAUGGGAAGGGAUAUUUUCAUGGACAGAGAGAAAUGGUGUACACCAUUUAACAUAUGCCUUGUCAGUACAGCAAAGUGACUCUUAUUUGAUGCAAAAGAUUUUAAAAUCACUCUAUGCAACAAAAAGGUUAAAUGCAGAGCUAGCUCUAUUUUCAGAUUUCUUUUUAAAUAAAUUGCUUCAUAAUAUUAUAAGGCACAAUUGUGAAAUUAUACUGACAGAAAAUCAUGUUAAUGUUCUAGAUUUUAAUAUAAAAAUUGAUUUAAAUGACCACAAGCAACCAAAUGUACAAACUAUUUUCUAUAAUUUGACUGCAGUGUUUGAAUUCCUGCAAUCAACCCUUGGGUCGCAAAUGCAAGCUGAUUUAACAUUCAUUGAAGUCUUUGCCAAAAUAAUCAGACACAGUUUUUUUACCAAAAUAAUUGAUGAUUGCAUAAGGAAUAACUUGCCAUCCUGUGAUAGUAGUUAUGAACACUAUAAAAACAUUGUUGUUGAGUUGGAAUUGUUUAAUAAGUUUUUGGUAGAUAUAAAAUUUAUUGAAGCUAGCAUAUCACCCUUAAACAAAUUUAUCAAUGACACAAAGGGCGUUCUUUAUAAUAAAAAGUGUGAUAAAUUACUUCAUGAUGUUCGUAAACUUUUAAAUGAGAGUAUAUCUUAUGGAACAAUCUCUGUUGGAACAGCAGCAGAAGUGGAUAGUGAUUCAAUACUUGAUGUAACACAGAAAGAUUUUGUUUAUGAUUUGAAGAGUCCCUUAUUUCUACCAAAGUGUGUGAUAUCACAAAAUGUUAAGAGGAUUAUGUGUAUGAUAAUUGAACAUUUAGAAGAAAGUGUAAAACUACCAGAGCAAUAUAGCAAUCAACUAGUUGUAUACAUCAAGGAUAUAGCAGUUAUGUAUCAAAGCCUAGUGCCUAAAAAAUUUAGGGUGAAUUUAGAAUGCUGCCCAUUGGAUAUAGCGCUAUUCUUCAACAACUGCUUCUACUUAGCUCAUAGCUUAUUGGGCCCACCGUGGAGAAAUACUUUACCCGAACCAAUGGCUGAUGCUCUUAAUAUAACACUGUUGGAAUGUAUUCAAGAUCUGAGACUUAUUGGUCUAGAGAAGAUCUCACUUUAUUUGCAAAACCAUAGAAAUAUUAUUGUAGAAAAGGUUGAAACAAAUGACCUCCCAUGGACGUUAGAUUCCUAUGAUACCUUUAACUAUGCCAUCAAUUAUUCAAUUACUUUAAUGAGGCAGCUGCAAUCAUAUUGGUAUAAUGUCCUACCCUCGAAAAUGUACGAGCUGUCUCUUUGCACAUUAGUGCAGGCUCUUUGUCAAACAAUGUUAAAUAGAAUUUUUCUUGAUAUCCAACCAAUUGAUGAAGAACUGGUUUAUAUGCUUGUGAUAAGGUUUGAUGAUACAAUAAGAGAAGUGAGGACUCUAUUUGAGGAACCAAAAUUUGAGGGGAAAGUAGAAGUGUGGAAGAAGUUCUGCAAAAUGCCGCAGUUACUCAGGGGUCAACUUUUAGAAAUAGCAGAACUCUGGACCACUGAUAAGCAUCUAUCUGAAACGUAUAGUUGUGAGGAGAUUCGUCAUAUUAUAAAAAUACGUUUUCCCGAUGAUAAAUACAGACUUAAGAUUUUAAAAGAAAUUCAGUAAUUUUUAACACUGCCAAUAAAUGUUAU